CUCAUAAAAUCAAUCAACCGCCAAACAAAACGAGAACACUCAUUAACAGUAACAUCAAUAUCAUCAACAAAAGCAACACCAAAAGCACCAUGCCAUCCAACAACAAUUCAUCCGCCUCUGAGCUUGCCGUUUACGCCAACCUCGUAUCCUACAAGUACGAUGGAGACAGCAAGACCCACAGCGCCAACCGUGGUGGAGAUGCCAACGACAUGUCCGUCUACGGCAAUGCCGUCAAGGUCUCCCUCCACGGACUACCCGUAGCAGGCCUCACCGACGACGAUGACGACUCCAGUGUGGUCAACGACGGACGUCUGCUCGUCAAAGACCCGCAGGUGGUCGCUGCACAAGAAGAAGACGUCAAGGACGAGCAGAGCAUUUCAGUGGACGAAAGCCAACUGCUGUCGACCCGCAAGGCCUUUGCUCCGUGCACGGACCCCAAUUCCAUCAUCAAGGUGUCCUUGGAUCAUCGUCGUGGCUUCCUCGGACGUCGCGGGAACGUUCGCGUACUGGAUUCUGCCGGCAAGCCCUUCGCCGGCGGCGUCCAUCUGAAAGAGUUCCAGCGUCAUUUGCUCCGCCCCAGCUACUUGCUGCGGACAGCCAACAAGACACCGGUCGCUUUGUGUGUCCAGCAAAAUGCACAAACAGGAUCGUCGACCAAGGUCUUCAACAUCUACUCUACUCGCCAAGGUGUCACCGCUGACGUGACCAAAGUGGUCCAUGUUGCCGGUGUCAGCUACUACCCGGCAUACCGAGUUGAAUUGGCCUCUGCGGCGAGCGAUUGCGUUGUUUCCACAUGGACCGGCAAAGAAUCGGUGCCCAUCUGGGAGCUGAGAACCGAUGCGAAUACUGUGACGAUCCAAGACAUCAAUGUAGGCCGCAUACUCGGAAGUAUUGAGCAACACGAGGGUUUGAAGACUGGCUGCGACAUUGUCUUGAACGCCGGUGUUGACCCAGCACUCGUCUUGUGCGUCGGUACCAUCUUGGAAGCAAGCUGUACUGCCGUGAAAGCGUAGGCUUUUCAGUCAAGUGUCUCACGAAAGGUGAUACCGUGAAGCCUCUUAUCUACUUGUUACUCUCCCAACACAACCCCGUCCAGAUCGCCUUCGUGUCCUAAAACCCUUAAAAUAGAAAGACUACAGUAAAUUAUAGUUGUGUGAAAAUUCUGUUUGGUUCC